CUUAGACAUAUUCGACCAAAUGGCGAAGAAAUUCGAGUCAGAAGGUUCUAGGGUCUAAAACUAGUGCUAGUUUCAUUAUAAGUUACUUGACUUUUUUCUAUUGUGUUCUUGUAAAUAUAAAAAUAGAAGACUUAUCAAGUGUUUAAUUUUGACUCGGUAUGCGAGCUAAGAGACUACUAACUAUUACAACUCGUCCUCUUGACCUUCUCACCAAUGCAACAUGUCAGAGGCAUCAGGGAUAGUACAAGGAUUGGGUAAUCCAUAUAAGAUAGUUGAUCAUGCAAGAGAAAGAAGAAAGGGUAUCACUGCCUCUUCUUUGAAAGAUUUAACUAAUAUUGCUCGAAAUCGCUUGGCUUUACCACCAGAUGCAAAUCUUACAAUUGUAUUAGAGCAAGAUGGAACUGAAGUAGAUGAUGAAGAAUACUUUGCAACUUUGGAAAGAAACACCAGUCUAAUGGUUUUAUAUGGAGAUCAGAAGUGGAUUGCAGCAGGUAGUAGCAAGACUGCUUCUCGUUAUAUUGUUGUGGAUGAUGUGGACAACAUAGAAGGCACUUCAAGAAGUACCGAAAUCAGACGUCGACGUCCACCAAUAGAACCAUUAGUUUCAUCAUUACAUGAUGAUCCAUCACAUAUUUCACUACUUGGUGGAAAUGAUUUAGAACUGCUCAGUGAUAUGGAUCCUGACAGCUUAGCUGAUAUAGUACCUGACAGGAUUUUCCUUGAGCAAUUGAAGGAAGCAUCUGGUCGAUUUCUCGCAGAAAAACGACAAGCACAGGAGUCAAUGGCUCUUCUUCAGAUUUAUGCAAGUGGUGGAGAGAUGGAGCGAGCGUAGGCCAUGUGGGGGGUGGGCGCCCUCACAUUGGCUAAUAUGUAUCGGGUUAGGCGUCGUAUUUUCUAUAAAGGUCGCCAAUUACAACAAACUUUAAUCCUUCUUUGGAAUUGAGCCCAUACAACACUUACUUGCAAGCUUCAAUUGGAGCAAGCAAAAAUCAUUAUAUUACAACAAAAAAUGAAAAAAUCUAUGGAUUAAGGAUUCACAAUUCUGUUCCAUAUAAAACCUGCUUACCAGGGUUGUUUUGAAGAAAGUGAGAUGAUAAAGAAAUACGUACAGAUACACAAAUAAUUCUAUUUCUAACUACAAAUGAUUUAUGGAGUAUUUGAAAAUAUCUAUUCCAAAAUUCAGUCCAAUUAUCAGUCCAAUAUCAGUCCAAAAUUACAAACUUUAAUAACCGAAGAUAAACAAAUUUUUGCUUAUAUAUUUCAUGAGUUAAGUAUUGUAUAAUUAGAUCAGAUUUUAUCUUAUGUUUUCAUUGAUAUAUAUAUA